ACUAGAUGGCUUGUGGGGCGCAGAUGAUGAUCGAUGUGCACUCACUGAAACAAAUGUUCACAAGUUGUAAUGCGGAGACAGAAAGCGUAAUCAUAGUGACCACGCACAAUGAACAAAUUGCUCAACACAUGUCAACUCUUCCAUUGUACAGAUUGGCUCCUAUGAUUGAAGGUGAUCAUUGCUCAGAUAUCUUUGUGAGUGCAUUGCGCGGUCGCAAUUCACUGUUCCCUAGGUACAGAAAGGAAAUUAUCUCAAGGUGUCAAGGCAUACCUCUUGUUGCUGAUUUCCUUGGUUCUGUUGUACGUACUGGUGGAUGGGAUCAGCGGGCCGUUUGGGAAAAUGCUAGGGACAAAGACUUGUGGAAAUUAGAGGAGGAUUAUGCUACUACACUAAGCAAGGAGUUAACGUUGUUUGCUCCAUUCAAGCUAAUGUUCUAUAAUAUACCUCAUGGUCUGAGAUUAUGUUUUGCGUAUUGCUCGGUCUUCCCUAAAGGAUCUCGUAUCCAUAAGAGAAAGCUUAUUCAGCAGUGGAUUUCACUCACCAUGGUUGAGCCUGCCACACCAUGGGUCUGUUACAGCCGAAAUGAAUGCACAGAACAUCAUAAAGCAACUAAAGUCUAUUUAUCUCCUUCAGGUCGAUGACGAUGCUGACGGAAGCGCAGGCGCAACAGGUGAGG